GCACUUGUGCAAAGAGCUGACUCUGGGGCGGGGAGUGGGUGCUUUGGAACAAGAGGGCUGAGGUGGAACAAAUGUUUGCAUCCAGAUGUGCUGUUCAUGCUCCCCCCUCCCUUCCGUUUCAGGCUCUGCUGUUUGGCAGCUGAUCGCAUCUUUCUUGAAACUGCCAAUAUCUGGAACGCAUUGCAUUGUGGGAGCCACCAUUGGGUUCUCAUUAGUGGCCAUUGGCACCCAAGGAGUCCAGUGGAUGCAGCUUGUCAAGAUUGUUGCCUCUUGGUUUAUCUCCCCACUGUUAUCUGGUAUGAUGUCUGGUGUGCUGUUUGUGCUGAUUAGAUUUUUCAUCUUAAACAAGGAAGAUCCUGUGCCCAAUGGCCUUCGUGCCCUGCCAGUGUUUUAUGCUGCUACAAUAGCCAUUAAUGUUUUCUCCAUCAUGUAUACAGGGGCACCAGUCCUAGGUAUUGUUCUUCCCUAUUUGGGCAAUAGCACUAAUUUCCACUGGUGUAUCCUUAGUCUUAGCCGUCUUAGUCUGGAUAGUGGUGUGUCCGUGGAUGAGAAGAAAAAAUAG